AUGGAACGGCCGUCCGGUCUCCCGCAGGCGGGAGGCAAUGCACAGGGCGGCGAACGUCUUUUGCAGGCCCAGUCUAACAGCCAUCCCAACAUCGUUCCGGUCUCUAAUCCUCCAGGCCCGCCUGGGUCAUCACUACAAGCCUCACGAGUACCCCCGCGCAAUGCCACAAUUACCGGGAGAAAGCAAAUGUCUAGUAGCAACAAAGUUGCCAUACCCCGCCAACGCUCCGGGACUGCCCCUCGUUAUAGUCGCCGUGUGCCCUUGGCAUGCGAAACUUGCAGAAUGCGCAAAACGAAAUGCAGUGGUGACACCCCCAUUUGCAGACAGUGUUUGGAAUUAAGAGUCGACUGUCGUUACCCGGUUUCAUGGCGCGAGCGAACGAAAGCAGAACUCGCUCAACUUUCGGCCAAGUCGGAUAACUAUGAAAACCUUCUCCGUGAAAUCAGCCAACUUGUUGAUGGCCGGAUGUCGGAGCAGAUUAAGCAUACUCUUGAUAAAUACGCCGAACCUGGCAACGAACCGUUAAGCGACCAGCUGUCUACGAACUCCGCGUCUGCUGUUGAUGAAGUGCCCGACGCUGAUUUGGAAAGUCUGCCGUCUUCAAUUGGGUCAUUAGAUGCGAUCGAUCGUGUGGAUGAGGAUCUGAAUCGUAGCCCACACGCCCGAGCUACAGGAUACAUGGGAAAGAAUUCAGAGGUUACUUGGCUGCAACGAUUAGGCAGAGAGACCGACCACCGUGCGCGCAACUUACCAGGUCCAGCCGAACUCCAGCCAGAUCGCAAGUUUGCCAUCCAUUCCGUGAACUAUCAUUUGGACGAUGUGGACAUAACGCCUCCUGGACCCGUGCACCUUUAUUGGGUGCCUCCCCGGAAUCUUGCAGACAAACUCUUCGAGGACUACCUCGAUACAGUCCAUCCUAUUUUCCCCAUAAUCAGCCGGCCACUAUUUUCUGCGCAGUUCAGAAAUUUCUUCGAUAAUUCGGCGCGACCGGGUGAUAAAUGGCUGGCCAUUUUGAACCUGAUUUUUGCCAUAUCAUCCUACCAUGCGCACCUUAUGCAGGCGCCCUGGCGCGGCGAUGACCGUGAUCACUUCGUUUACCUGGCUAGGGCCCGAGCUCUGAGUAUGAACAGUGAUUCCAUUUUUACUCACCCUGAUCUCCAGCAGGUGCAGGUGGAGGCUUUAAUGGCUUUUUACCUACUUUCAACCGAUCAGAUCAAUCGAGCGUGGAGAAUUGCAUCGUUAGCUCUCCGGUCCGGAAUAUCUCUUGGGUUGAACCUCAGGAACACUAGCGAAAUCACCCCUGAUGCGUCUAAGGAAGCUCGAUAUAGGGUUUGGUGGUGUCUUUACACAUUUGAACACUUGCUUGGGAUAAUGACUGGACGUAUGACGGGCAUCUCGGAUGGUAUUUGCACGACACCGAUGCCACUCCCUGUGGAUGAGGACCGGUUCCAGGACCCAGCCAUUGCGGAGCUACUCGGUAGCCUAGAGCUUCGUCAAAACCGCGUUGAAGCAGGCCUGGCGAGCUGCUUUGUUCGGCAGAUGCCCAUGAAUACACGGCCCGGUCGAGAGGCGCAAAAUACAAUGAAAAACCAAGACGCCUCGCGCUUGAAAAGCCUACCACCGAGCACCUCCCUUUUCUUCCUUUACUUCGUCGACCUCGGUGUUAUUACCCAGGAGAUCGUUAAUCGGGUCUACUCUCUCGAUUGUAUAAUGACACCUUGGAGCCAGAUCGAGAAUCGCAUUGGUGAGCUUCGCACAAGGGUUGAGCGUUGGUAUACAAAUCUCCCUGAAGCUUAUAACUGGACCAGAGGCGAUGAGCAGAGCCCAGAAAUGCUCCGAGCGAGUCUCUGCCUCGCCUUCCAUUACUACAGCGCGCGCAUCACACUGGGUCGGCCCUGCUUGUGUCGCCGCGAUGUCCGACCACCAAACUCUCCCAAUCAAGCGAUAUCCUUUAGUCACGAGAUAUCAGUGGCAGUCCUUGAAGCUGCAGAGCGGCUAAUUGGUCUGCUCUCCGAUGAGCCUGACGCCUCGCGCAUCUACCAGAUCUGCCCUUGGUGGUGCAUCCUACAUUAUCUCAUGCAAGCUACCGCCGUCCUGCUCCUUGAACUGUCUUUUGGUAGCAUCCACAUGCCCCAGGAGGAGAAGAACAUCCUCGAGGCUGCGAAGAAGGGAAUCCGCUGGCUCCACGCCAUGUCCGAGUCCAGCCUUGCUUCAAGACGUGCUUGGGAAAUAUGCGAUGGGAACUUCCGCCGCAUCGCCGUAGGCCUGAAAUUCGACGUGAGCGAUAUUCCAACUGCCGAUUAUCAGUCUGAUCUCAACGACGGUACACAACAGUCGCAACAGCAGCAGCCGCAGUCACAAACUCCACGGGAUAAUGCCAACCCUCCUAUCGCUACAAUCGCCACACAGUUCCCAUCUCUUGCAUCCUCCACCACGCCCGUUUUCAACCUCUCAAACCCGGACGGCAUCCAGCAAAUACCUCAACCACCUUUCCAAGAUCCAACGACAACGACAAAUUUCCAACAACCCCCGGUUACCGCACCUUUCUUCACCAUCCCGCGCAGCGAUGACCCCCUCCUCUUCGGCGGUCUUGGUACCCCUUCCACCGGAACUCCCAACGACAUGUACUUCCCCUACGACCCUAUCACUGGCGAAUUCAUCCAGUCAUUCUUCCCAAAUUCGAACGAGGAAGAGCCUUGGGAUGAUUAA